AUUUAUUCUCCCCUCCCCACCCCCAUCGCCCCAUCCCAUCCGGCCGUCUCUCUCCCCUUCUUCCAAAUCCUAUGAAUAGUAGUAGUAUCGGCCUCUCCGCUAUCGGCAAAGGCUCACGCUACAACACCAUCGCGGCAAUUAACCAACCGCCACUCGCCAUUAAGCAGCAGCUAUAGCCUAUAGCGCGCUCCCGUUGAGGCCUCGUGAAGGCUAGCUAGCCGGCGAUCGAUCGAUCCAUCGAGAAGCUAGCACGUGCUCCGGCGGAUAUAUAUGUUUCCGGCGGCGGAGGCGGCGACGUUCGUCGUCGAGGCGGGUGUGGCGGCGCCGAGGCAGGGAGAGGCGGCGGCGGGGCUGCCGCCCUUCUUCAUGGGAUCCAUGUGGCCGGCGGCGGCGGCGGGCGGAGGAGGCGCGGGCGCGGCGGGCUCAGAGGAGGAGGACGAGGCGGCGGUGGCCAUGGCUGAGGCGGCGCUGCACGAGCGCGCGGUGGCGGCGACGAGGAACCACCGAGAGGCGGAGAAGCGCCGCCGCGAGCGGAUCAAGUCGCACCUCGACCGCCUCCGCGCCGUCCUCGCCUGCGACCCCAAGAUUGACAAGGCGUCGCUGCUGGCGAAGGCGGUGGAGAGGGUGCGCGACCUGAAGCAGCGCAUGGCCGGCAUUGGCGCCGAAUCGGCCGCGGCGACGCCGCAGCUGUUCCCGACGGAGCACGACGAGAUCGUGGUGCUGGCUUCGUCGGGCGGCGUGUUCGAGGCCUCCGUCUGCUGCGACGACCGCUCCGACCUCCUCCCGGGCCUCAUCGACACGCUGCGCGCGCUCCGCCUGCGCACCCUCCGCGCCGAGAUGGCCACCCUCGGCGGCCGCGUCCGCAACGUGCUCGUCCUGGCCCGCGACGCCGGCGCUGAGGACGACGAUGGCGGAGGUGACUUCCUCAAGGAAGCGCUGAGGGCGCUCGUGGAGAGGCACGGAGCGGCGGCCGGCGCCGGAGACCGGCCCAAGAGGAGACGCACUGUCUCCGACAUGAACGUGCAAGCGGCAGCCUAGUCUCUGUACCUGAUUGCAUUCUCAAAUUAUCAUGCUCGUAAGCCAUGGUAUUGCUACUAUACGUGCUUGCUUUCCAAGUUAUUAGUUUUUGUGUGCCGAUUAAGUGUAGUAGUACUCCCGUAGUAGUUAAUCCAGAUGUGGCUAACACUCUCUUUGGUGAUGCCAAUAUGUCAUGUGUAAUUAGGAAUAUAUAUUACCUUUACCAUUAGGGUUUGCUAGCUUGAGCUUUAAUCAAAUGUUGCUCCAAGGCCAUUAUAUUGCAAAACUCAGGACACCCUAGAAUAAUAAUCAGUAUAUUCACAACUCAA